GACACCACCCCCCAGCGGCCGCACAGGCGCACUGAGCGUCAAACUGCCAUUUUGUGGCAGAGGCUACUCUGCUAAAGCGGGAGAGGGAUUAAAACAAACUGCGAAGAAGCCUGCAUUUGUUGGCGGCUUGUUAAACUUUGUGGCAGACACCCCGUGCUCUUGGUCUUGUUGAACGGCAGGGAAAACACACAAAAAAGAGCUCCUACCCAGCAUGGACGGAGGGCCGACAGAGGGUGUAGGGGUGGAGGUCCCCACCAAGGACUACCCCUCCAUCCAGGCCAUUCACAGCCAGGAUGCCAUGGUUGCUGACCUCCUCCAGCAAGCGGCUGAGGCUGGGGGCGUGGUUGAAGCACAAGCUGGAGUCCUUGAGCAAGCUCAUGAUGACGGAAUGGCAGCGGCCACCCAGGCCCAGCAGCAGCUAAUGGAAGCUGGGGAUGGUGGAGGAGGCGUUGAAAUGAUGGUUAUGAACUCACUCGAUCCCACCCUCCUGCAGAUGAAGACUGAGGUGAUGGAAGCUUCAGUGGGAGGGUCGACUGGAGUAGGUGCCGCUCACCAAGCAACUGUAACAACAGUGGACCAGACUCAAAUCAUCACACUACAGGUGGUAAACAUGGAGGAGCAAGCAGCUUUGGGCCUGGGCGAGCUCCAGCUUGUCCAGGUGCCAGUUUCUGCCACCAGUGUGGAAGCCCUGCAACAAGGAACUUACGUUGAUACCACUGCAAUGUCAAAGGAUGGGGACCCAGUCAUCUGCCACACCCUGCCAUUGCCUGAGGGCUUUCAGGUAGUUAAAGUUGGUGCUAAUGGGGAGGUGGAGACAGUGGAGCAAGAAGAAGAUGAAGGAGAGAUCCACCAUGAAGAAGAGGAUGAUGAGGAGGUGGGUCAUCAGAUUCUGGAAGAAGUUGAAGAUGUACCCAUCCAGACUCAAAGUGAUGACACAAACUGGUCUAAAGACCCAGAUUACCAACCUCCUUCUGGAGGAAUCAGGAGAGGCAAAAAGGUAAAAAAGAGCCGUCUUCGUUAUGGCGAGGGAGACAAGGACAUGGAUGUCAGCGUCUAUGACUUUGAAGAAGAGCAGCAGGAGGGCCUUCUGUCUGAAGUCAAUGCUGAGAAAGUGGUUGGUAACAUGAAACCACCCAAACCUACUAAGAUCAAGAAGAAAGGAGUGAAGAAGACGUUCCAGUGUGAGCUGUGUAGCUACACCUGCCCUCGCCGCUCCAACCUGGACAGACACAUGAAGAGCCACACCGACGAGAGACCCCACAAAUGUCACUUGUGUGGCAGAGCCUUCAGGACGGUCACACUGCUAAGAAACCAUCUCAACACACACACCGGUACCCGUCCACACAAGUGCACAGACUGUGAUAUGGCUUUUGUGACGAGCGGAGAGCUGGUUCGUCAUCGUCGCUACAAACACACACACGAGAAACCCUUCAAAUGCUCCAUGUGUGACUAUUGUAGUGUGGAGGUGAGCAAACUAAAGCGUCACAUUCGAUCCCAUACUGGCGAGCGACCAUUCCAGUGCAGUCUCUGUAGCUACGCCAGCAGAGACACAUACAAGCUGAAGAGACACAUGAGGACUCACUCAGGAGAGAAACCUUAUGAGUGCUACAUCUGCCAUGCACGCUUUACCCAGAGUGGGACCAUGAAGAUGCACAUUCUGCAGAAACACACCGAGAACGUGGCCAAAUUCCACUGUCCACACUGUGACACUGUCAUUGCACGGAAGAGUGAUUUGGGCGUCCAUCUUCGAAAGCAGCACUCGUUUAUCGAGACUGGAAAGAAGUGCCGUUACUGCGAUGCCGUUUUCCACGAACGCUACGCUCUGAUCCAGCACCAGAAGUCCCACAAGAACGAGAAACGGUUCAAAUGUGAAAUGUGUGACUACUGCUGCCGCCAGGAGCGACACAUGGUGAUGCAUCGUCGUACCCACACUGGAGAGAAACCUUUCGCCUGCAGCCAGUGUGAAAAGACUUUCAGGCAGAAGCAACUGCUGGAUAUGCACUUCAAACGCUACCACGACCCCAGCUUUAUCCCUGCCACCUUCGUCUGCCCCAAGUGCAGCAAGACCUUCACCCGCAGGAACACCAUGGCACGCCACGCCGAGUACUGCAGCGGCGAGAAUGACGAGGCUGAGAACGGAACUCCGUCCCCCAAAAAGGGGAGAAGAGGAAGAAAGAGGAAGAUGAUGAGCAGAAGAGAUGAUGGUGACAGCGAGGACGAUCAAGCCGAGCUCGACGAAGAGGAGGAGGACGACGAGGAGGGAGACUUGGAGGAAGAAGAAUCAGCCAUGCUACAGGAAGAUGAGGAACCAGAGAGCAUGGAGCUGGACCAGGCCCCUGCUUCCAUCCCUGUACCGGCCCCCGAAGAGCCGCCAGUCAAGAGGAAACGAGGCCGACCCCCAAAGAAUGCCCCCAAGGCUCCUACACCCAGCAAGUCUGUCAGAGCGGCCGCCAAGACAACGACUAUUGCUGCUGCCAUCAUUCAGGUGGAGGACGAGAACACAGGAGCUGUGGAGAACAUCAUCGUGAAGAAGGAAGAGGGCGACGCCUCUGCAGAGACUCCCCUGGAUGAUCAGGGUGUGGCCCUGACCGUGGAAGGGGUAGGACUGGAUGAGGGAGGGGUGGAUACUGUUGAGCUGGCUGUGAAUGAGGAAACGGCAGCUGCUGCCGCCGCCGCCGCCAACGGCGAUCUGACGCCAGAGAUGAUCCUGAGCAUGAUGGACCGGUGAACACAAAACUGCAGCCCACACACACACACACACACACACACACGUAGCCUGAUCAUGUCUAAAGCUAACAUUUCCACAAUAAUGCCUUCACCUCAUGUCCCAUCAAUAUGUGCUUUUUAACAGCAGCCAUUUUACCUCCAUUGGAGAGGAUUGCAAAAAAAAACAAAAAACUGGUGACAGCAAAAACAGCCAUGCAAAAUGAAAGGAAGCAGCAUGUAAAUACUUCCCACGGUCACCACAGUAUAUCUUUAUACACACUGUGGCACACACACACACACCAGAUCCUGUGUCAUUUCCAAUAUCACGUAUAGAUACCUGAUUGUGUAAACUUAUUACUGACUGCUUACUGCUCUCAAGUGCUUUGUUUUGUUUUUCCGCCGUUUCAAUGUCUUCUGAAUGAGUCAUUGUCUUUUUUGCUACUUGUGUCUACAAAACCACAUCCUGUGUCAGUCCUUGCCCACAUGCUGACACGCUGUGCAGUUAAAGUUCAGUCAGAAACUAACUCACCGCUGUCUCUCUCUCUGUCUUUGCUUUUUACUUUGUUUUUCCUGCUCUCCUGAUUAUUUUACCAUUUACCAUACCCUUUUCAUUUUUGUGUAUAUAAUAUAAAAUGUAGGGUUUUUUCCCUAAUGAAGACAUAGUUUAUGGUACUUAAAGUUGCCUCUGAAAUUAUCACUUGCUCUCACUCAAAUGAUUUGUUUUUCCCUAAAAGUCCGGCCUUGCUCUGUGGCCUGUGUGUAAACACAUGAUGUAAGUAGCUAACUGUACAUCAAGACUUCAGUAGCAGGAAGUUGACCGAAGGAUUCUAUUUCUAAUGCUGCUUUUCGACUGGUCAGAAGAACCCAUGAACACCCAUUAGCAUCUGGCUUUCCUCUGCAAUGAAAGUGAAUGCAACUGGGCCUGGCUUUCACGCUUGGAUCAAGUGACGCACUUGACGCAGGUUUUUAUCGGCUCCCUCUCCGGUCGCAAGUAAUGUAAACAUUGCUUGCAGGUGAAGUCAUAAUUUCACCAUUUUACUGUCAUGACGCUUUCCUUGGUUGCGUGUUGUACAUUUCGGCGCAUGUCGCAUCAAACACAACUGAGCAGACUCUUCUACCGGUAAUUAAAAAGGUGCCGAUCAGCCUUUUUAGCAUGUUUACCUGUGUUUUUAAAAAAAAAGCCACUAAUUUUGAUGUAAAAGAGGAAUAGGUGAGCAUAUGUUGGCAGGUUCUGAUGGAAACUUGCCUUUCGUUGCCUCAUUCAGAGUCCAGACUUGAAAGCUGGUAAUUAUUCAUGCAGUUUGAACGCAAAGGUUUGCCGUCACACGAGCUCGGAGCAGAUGGAGAUAAUCCUGAGAUCAGUUUGUACAUUCUUGUAUACAGUAUGUCUGUGCAUUUAAAUAGUCUUAUUUGACGUAAUCCACUGUUACAAAGACAAAUGUUUUUAUUUGGUAACAUCAGCUGCUAAAAAUGACUUCACGUCCCGGGUCAUACAGCGUUUGGACCAGAUGCGGUUGUUUGAUCGGUGCUCCUCAGACACCUCUGGAACCACAGAUGAUUUGCAUGUAAUUGCAUAUUUUAACCCUUAUUGAUUUCUUGUGAAAACCUUUUUAAUGUUUUUUUAAGUAGCUGGUCCAGGAAUGUGUUGGUCAACCAGACUUGAUGGUCAUCACAUGGUCCUUCAAGUCUCUUUUUCCUCCCACUACUCCAUCACCUCAUUCACCUCUCUGUGAUUCUGUUGCUUAAAGCCUUUAUCACCUUUGAUACUGUUACACUCACACUCUCUGGCAUUCUCUACAGGAGGCUUCGUCUCACUCUGUGCUCCUUUUUAAUCUUUGGCCCAAAUGCAUGUGGUGUUUAUCUCAGAAAAAUAACAACCAUUAGUUUCCAACAUUCUGAAGUGUAAUAACAGCGGUGGAAUAAUAACGACAAAACGCAGCCGUGUCCUGUUCUUUGACUUAUUUUUAAGCGCUGUUUUUAGAAGGAAAUCAGGCCUCGGGGGUUGGCGCUUUUAGUUUGCUGUAACUGUGAUAUCAUUGGGAAAUUUCACAGAAUGAUUAAGAGGGCUAUGAUGUUCUGAUUUACAGUUUUCUGGCGUUGUGUAAAUAAUAGUUAGGGAAAGACCCCUCUGGUCCAAUAUGAUCUCCUAUUUUGUCUGUAGAAGUCAAUUAAAAGCAGAAAAUGUCUGCAAACGAGUUGUUGCUCCAACAAAAUUCCAUGUGACGCCAAAGAAGAUGGGCGUGGGCCAGAACUGUAGCCCAGCCAGCUCCCGCUGUUGAUUUGGAUGUGCGUGCCUUUGCACAGGUUUUCUCCAUGGAAUGCUUCUGUAGACUAUGACUGAAUGAAUCCAUACACCCUGUGAGGUAACUGUUAAAAAAAAAUGACCAUAUACAUAGAAGUGGAAACAGUUUACUCUCUAAAAUCUUUAACAGUCAUCCAGCAACAUCAAUUCUGGGACAGCAACGUUUGUGUUACCAUUCUGCAGACGGACAGAUGGCGAACGGGUGUUGGACUGUUUUCACAGCAGCAGCAUUGUUUUUUGUUUCGUUUCCCUUUCCUCAUUGUUCUGUUAGCAGUGAAGUGAGAACAGUUUUUUUUUAUAUAUAUUCUGUCACAUCCCUGUUUUAAGAGCGAGAACACUGAAGAAACACUUGUCAUGUUGAAGCUGAGACACUGUACAGCCGAUGAAAAAUAAAAAUGCUUAUGCGCCUACAA